AUGGCGCGAGCAUUUAGCAUUUUCAAUGAUGAAGAACUGACAGCAUCGCAACGAGACUAUGAACUGAAGAAGAGCAUGUUCUCAGUAGGACUUACCAAGCAGGAUGCUAAGCGACCAUUAUUCCAAUGCCCGGAAUCCGGUGCUUCGAUGAGCAGAAGGAAAAGAGUAAAGAGAGAAAAGCAACGAGAGUCUUUACAAAAGACUACCCUCGGAACUUCCAAUGUCCCAUUGAGUCUUGGCAACCCUUCAUGGCAUCAUCUUACCUUGCAGGAAGUAGCCGUUUCUAUCGGUCUAAAUGGAAAGGAGUCUUGGCUGGCAGCUAGCCACAAGCUCCUGCAUCCGCUUCCGUGA